AUGGUGUCAGUGAUACCAGUGAAGGAGAAGAAAUUCAUGGAUGUCAAAAUAGGGGACUGGAUAUUAAUGUAGGAUUUCACCCCUAAAGGCAUUGUUGGAGCAUUUCAAAGAGAACAUGAGAGGUUAUGCAAGUACCACUGA